AUGGGUCGUGGAGCACGUAAAAGUCGUGCCGUGAGCACGUUAAUACGCGCUGAGGACGCGGCUGAGGAUGAGGUCCUUGAGACACCAGUACUGAGCUCCGCUGUGAAAAAUAACGAUGUCGAGAGCGAUGAAGAAGAGGCAGAGGCAGUGCUUGAAGCUGAAAUGGAACGUCGUCUCGUAGCGGACGCCCAAGACGACGUGACACGUCGAACCAAUUGCAUUUACAAUUCAGAAGCUCUUUUACUUGUAGUCAAGGACUGGGACAUGAAGGAAUUGCCAUGGGUAGAGACGCUGGAGACUUGUGCCGUUCCUCUCGAGCUGACAAAUGUUCAUGAUGAUUUGAAACGAGAAGUGGCUUUUUAUAACAAUACACUGGCAAUGGUUCGUCUUGCAAAGGAUCAGUUAAAGAAAGACAAGGUCGCUUACAAACGUCCAGAUGAUUAUUUUGCAGAAAUGCUCAAGAAUGACGUCCAUAUGGCGAAAGUAAAAGAUAAACUCAUUUAUGAACAAAAGAAGAUUACGGCCGUGGAAGAACGUAAAAAGUCACAAGCUCAUCGGAAAGUGGCAAAAGAAGUACAAGCUGAAAAAAUCAAGGAACGGAAUCAGCAGAAGAAGGACACACUUGAAGCAGUGAAACAAUGGAAGAAACGCAAAGGAAAUGAUAAACGAGGGAGUCUCAAGAAUAAUAAUGAUGAUGAUGAUGAUGGAGAAUUGGAUUCGAUCGUGGCUGGAAAGCGGAAACAUGUGGAUGGAGCACGUGAUACUGGUAGUAAGAAACCUCGUGUCAACAGAGCUCGGGAAGCUAAGGAUGCCAAGUUUGGCUUUGGUGGCAAACGACGUCAUGCAAAAAGCAAUUCAAAGGAGAGUACGAACGAUUUGUCGGGCUUUCCAGGUGAACGGAAGAACAAGGCAAAACUCAAGGCAAAGACACUGGCUACACCGAAGGGUGGUAAACGUGCUGGCAAGACCCAGCGUACCAAUCAACGCAACAAAAGUCGGCGGUAA